AUGAGGUUGGCCGGGCCUGGGAGCAAGGACAGACCGCCCGUAAGUCCACCGGUGGCAAGGCUCCCCGCAAGCAGCUCGCCUCCAAGGCCGCCCGCAAGUCCGCGCCCUCCACCGGGAGGUGUCAAGAAGCCUCACCGCUACAAGCCUGGUACCGUCGCUCUGCGUGAGAUCCGUCGCUACCAGAAGAGCACCGAGCUGCUGAUCCGCAAGCUCCCCUUCCAGCGUCUGGUCCGUGAGAUCGCCCAGGACUUCAAGUCCGACCUCCGCUUCCAGUCUUCCGCCAUCGGUGCCCUGCAGGAGUCGGUCGAGUCUUACCUCGUCUCCCUCUUCGAGGACACCAACCUGUGCGCCAUCCACGCCAAGCGCGUCACCAUCCAGUCGAAGGACAUCCAGCUCGCCCGCCGCCUCCGUGGUGAGCGCAACUAG